ACAACGGAAGCAGCAACAGCAACAUUCACAUUGGAUUAAACAGCUUCGACUGCUUUGCAUGGUUCUGUGCGCACUGCUCGCGCCCUCCUGCUGCCACGGGCAGCAGCAAAAAUUUCGCACCACGCCACACGAUCUGCAGGUGCUGGAGGGCGCGGAGGCCAUGAUGCGCUGCGAGGUGGCCAACGUGGCCGGCGCCGUGCAAUGGACAAAAGAUGGCUUUGCACUUGGCUUCUCAGCCGUAAUCCCUGGCUUCCCACGCUACUCCGUGCUGGGCGAUCGCAAACAGGGUGUCUACAAUCUGCGUAUCUCCAAUGCCUCGAUCAACGACGAUGCCGAAUACCAAUGCCAAGUCGGUCCAGCGCGUCUCAACUCGGCGAUUCGAGCGAAUGCCAAGCUAACUGUCAUAUCGCCACCUUCGUCGAUCGAGAUAAAAGGUUAUAGCCACAACUCCAAGGUGGAGGUGCGUGAGAAUCAGGAUCUAACGCUCAAGUGCAUCGUGGCCAAUGCGAAGCCGGAGGCACAAAUCGUUUGGUAUCGUGGAAAUGUCGAAUAUAAGCCAGAAAAACGUGAUGAUAAGGUAGAGGAGUCAACACCGAAGCGCUUUACAACCACCUCAAGUCUGAAACUGAAGCCCGGCGCGGAUGACGACUACACGGAAUACACCUGCCAGGCAAAGCACAAGGCUCUAUCCCCGGACAUGCCCAUGCGUUCCACCGUGCAACUGUCCGUGUUGUAUCCGCCGGGACCGCCGUACAUUGAGGGCUAUUCACCCACUGAAACGCUGCGACGCGGCCAGACGGUGGAGCUCAUUUGUCGCAGUCGCGGCGGCAAUCCGCCCGCGCAGCUCAUUUGGUACAAAAACAAUUCACAAAUACGCAUGGCCUACAGAACCUCGGGCCGGCUAUCAGAGAAUAUAUACACGUUCACUGCCGAGGCGGGCGACAACAAGGCGCGCUUCCGUUGCGAGGCGAGCAACGUGAUGUCACAGACGCCGCUCAAGGCGGAAGUUGAUUUGACUGUGCUAUUCGCACCUUCGCAAGUCACGGUGACAGGUCCGACGGAGGCGCGCGUCGGCGAUGUUGUGCCCCUGAUGUGCACCACAGCACCAUCGAAUCCGCCCGCCGAGAUCAAAUGGAUGGUGGGCGGGCGUCAGAUACGCAAUGCCACCUCCAAGACUGACAUCAGCCCAGAGGGCGGCUGGACCACCAACUCGAACAUCACCACCAUUGUGGAGCCCAACAAGCGCUCCCUGGUGGUCAUCUGUCAUGGCCUCAAUAUGCAGCUCACCGAGAACGUUGUCUCCACGCACACGAUUAAUGUUCUAUAUCCGCCCGCUCCGCCAUUAAUUUCGGGCUAUAUGGAAGGACAAAUUAUACCAGCCGGGUCGGUGCAAAAACUCCUCUGUGUGUCAUCGGGCGGCAAUCCGUUGGCAACGUUAACGUGGUACAAAAACGACAAACGGAUCAACUCUAUAAUUCGGGCCGCAGACAAAUCAGUUUCGGCCGAAAUAACUAUUUUGGCCAACGUCACCGACAACCAGGCGCAAUACCGCUGCGAGGCCGCGAACAGUGCCACAGAGAUACCGCUCUUCGAGUCCACCACGCUGAGUGUACACUUUGCGCCAGAGACGGUAAAAAUACGCAUUGAACCGGAAGAGCUGAGACCUGGCAUGGAGGCAACCAUCAUUUGUGACUCCAGCUCAAGCAAUCCACCGGCAAAGCUGUCCUGGUGGAAGGACGGCAUAUCCAUUGAAGGCAUUAAUAACACGUCCAAGCCAGGUCUCUGGGGCGGCACAGUCUCUACGCUCGAGUUCAGGCUAAACAUCACCCAGGAAAUGAACGGUGUGGUCUACACUUGCCAAAGCGCCAACGAGGCACUGCAGCGCAGCGUUCACGAGGCAAUCAGCCUGAAUGUCCUAUAUCGUCCCAAGUUUGUGCCGCCGCCGUCAUCCACAUCGGUGGGCUUGGAGGGUGAGUCGUUGCAGGUGCCGUUGCAGGCCAAUGCGAAUCCAACGCUAAUUAGCUACACCUGGACAAAGAAUGGCACGCCCAUACCGCAGGACACCAGCGGCAGCAUCUCUGCCGCCGAGCAUCGCAUCUUUGCCGACGGCGCUGUGCUCAACUUUACCAAGCUGCAUCGCGAGGACUCUGGCAUUUACUCCUGCACGGCCAGCAACUCGCAGGGCAAGGCGAGCAUUAAUAUCACAGUCGUUGUGGAAUAUGGCACCACCAUCAAGUCUGUCUCGGAGAACAUUAUUGUCAAUCCCGGCGAGGAUGCCAUGUUGUCCUGCAGCGUUGAGGGCAAGCCACUCGCCGACGAGCACGUCAAGUGGGAGCGUGUGGGCUACGAUAUGAAAGCGAAGACCACAACGACCUUCACCAAUGGCACCGCCUAUCUGCACAUUAAGAACGCCCAGCGCGAGGAUGUGGGCAACUUCCGUUGCGUGGCCGACAAUCACGUGGCCAAUCCGACCAAUCGAGACGUUCUGCUCAUUGUCAAAUUUGCUCCCGAGAUCGCCAAGUCGCCGACGCUGCUGCGCGCCGCCAGCGGCACGGGCGAGCGAGGGCGUUUGCCGUGCCGGGCGCAGUCGUCACCCAAGCCGCAAUUUAUUUGGCGCCAGGAUGGAAAGGAUCUGCCCAUCAAUCAUACAUUCAAGUACGAGCUGGAGGAGCGUAAAAUAGACUCGCUCACCUACGAGUCGUCGCUGAUUGUGGAGAAGGUGGCGCCCGCCGACUAUGGCGCCUACGAGUGUGUGGCACGCAACGAGCUGGGCGAGGAUGUUGAAACAGUGCGUCUGGACAUUACCUCGCAGCCGGAGCCACCGCUCAGCCUUAAUAUACUGAAUGUGACCCAUGACACGGUGACCGUUGCCUGGACGCCAGGUUUCGAUGGCGGCUUGAAGGCCUCCUACCGUGUGCGCUAUCGCAUGGCAGACCGCGAGCAGUAUAAAUAUAUUGACGGGUUGCCCAACAGUCACAAACUGACCAUCGGCGGACUGCGUAUGAAUACGCUGUAUCUGUUUUCGGUGAUGUCGUGGAACGAUUUGGGCCAGAGCUCUUACCUGCCGGAUUUGACGCGUGCCCAGACCAAAGAAGCGCCGCCACCCUCACAGCCGGCUUCCUCGCUGGGCGGUGGACCGCCAACCACCAGUCAGACACCGCUGGGUGGCACAUCGGGCAUGCUGCUUGUUGGCGUCGCAGCAGGCAUUACAGUGGUGCUGCUCAACGUAUUUGUCAUCGGCUGUUGCCUGCACAAGCGCAACGAGAAGCGUCUGAAGCGAGGAAUUGAAAUGCUGCCAGCCGAGCUAACGGAGGACUCCAGCAACACACCGAAUCUGCUCAUAAUUGCCAUCUCUCUGGCGGCAUUCGGAUUCCUCCUGGUCAAUGCGGCGCUCGUCGCCUGGUUCUUUGUGCAUCAGCGACGCAAAAAAGUGGCGGAAACUACAAAUCAACCAGGCAAAACGGCGACCAUCGAAAUGUACGCGCCCAGCUCGUACAAUGACACCGUCACCGGCGAAACGUUGUCCAGCGUUUCGGAGAAGAGCGAGUCCUACUCCAAUGAGGGCAGUCAACCGGAAUAUAUUGACGAAGCACGCAAGAAGGCGACAUCGACAUAUCUGGUUGAGAGCACGGACAUGCCACCGCCCAGAUACCAAAAGGAUGGCACGCUGCCAGCAUUAUAUCCAAAUAAUAUGGUCAAUGCCUGCACUUUGCCACAUCCGCGGCAUAAUAAUGGCCAUGCCGCUGCCAUUGCCGCUGGUCAUAUGACGCGCGACGAUCAGAUGCUCAUCAGCAAGGGCGUCUACAUUCCGUCCCCAUCGCCAGCACCGCCGCCGGAUGGCUCCUACUACAACAUGAACAGCGAACGAUAUCUGUCGUAUCCACCAAUGGAAUAUCCGACUGCGCUGGACUUUAGUGCGCCGCCGUUGCCGCUGGCGCACCUGCAGCCCAUGCAGCCCAUUACGGUUACCUCGCAGGCGGCGCUGCUGGCGGCGAGCAAUGGAGGCGCCACGCUGGUGGGCAAUGGCAGUGCCACAGGGGGCACGCUGCGUCGCGGCAUAUUGCGUGGCGUGGUGGGCGUAAACGUGGGCGUGCCACCGCCUGAUGUUACGCAUCACACCUCCGCCGGCGGCCCAGCCAUGCAAAUGCUGCACGAUCUGCAUCCGGUGAAUCUCAGUGCGACGACGCUAACCACGAGCACCACGCUCAACGGAAGCAUGACGACAGCAUUGCCACUGGCCACAUCCACGUUGCCACGCCAGCCGCACGGCAUACUCAAGGAUCCCAAUCGCAAUAAGCAGCAACAGCAGCAGCAGCAACAACAACAACAGCAACAGCAACAGCAGCAGCAGCAGCAGCAACAGCAGCUGCUCAAUGCUAGUUUAGUGGGCGUGCCCGUAUCUGGGCCCGUGGGCAGCUUGCAGAUUCUGAAUCUGAAUCCGGUGAGCAGCGCAGCGCUGGGCAACAAUUUGCUAAUGACAACUAGCGCCACCUACGACCCAGCCACGCUGAGCAGCUUCAAUGCGAGCGCAGCAGGCGUCGGCGCCGGAGUCGGAGUUGGAGCUGGCGUCCAGGUGGCCUAUACAGACGCCGACGGGCAUCUCGUAUAGCUGUAGGCCGAGACUGGGGCCAGCUCUGAGUCCCGGUACUAAGGAUAGCUGUUUGUCUGUCCACACAACGAGUUAAAGAAAAGUAAAGAAAUUCUCUUGUUAAUACGCAUAUGUAAUAUGUUUAAAUGUAGUUUAAUGGAACCGAAAGGACAAAGACUUCAAAUACUGAAUUUAGUUUAAUUGUAAUUCAAACUCAAGCAACGUAACUAGCAUACGGAACACAGAGAACAAACUCAUAGACGUAGACAGAGCUAAACGAUGGAGAAUAUAACCAGGAACGAUUUGACUAUUGUGAAUGUUUUUGUUUCAACGGUGAUCACAAUGAUUUCGAUUACAUUUAUGCUAAAUAAUAUAUAUAAAUAUAUAGCUAAGCUGUUGUACAGAAGCCAGAGAUUAAAGCAAAACAAUAAGAAAAACAAAAA